GGCUGCCAUCUUCAUUUGCAGUAACUGGUAAAUAUGUUUGUCGUGCCGCAUACUUGAUAUAUUUAGUUCCUCUCUUUGAGAAGUUUAUGGUAAUGUCCACAUAACAGUGGUGAGAGUUUGUCUUGUAGUUGUAUUUGAGGCUAAACACGUAACUAGCUCUGUAACUUCGAUGCUAUUAGCUGAAAAGCCUCAAAUUAAGGUUGAUUGUACGGCCACGUUCAAGAUCCACGUUGAAGGACAGUUUGGAGUGAAUGGCGUUCCUUGCACACUUUUUGAUGGCCUAUUAUACCUGCGCUGCGCUUCCCCUCUGCAAGGCUCUGUGUCCUACCACAUGGAGUGUAUCCACUGAAACGACUUCAUAUGAGUGUCAUCUCGGAGGGGAGGAAAUCUACUUAAACAGAGAUGAAAUGCAGGAUUUCAGGUUACGAUGACUGGGGGUUUUCUUGCUUCCAUCUCGUAGAGUGUCUGUGUGCUUGUGACUGCAUGUGUGUGUGUGUGUGUGUGUGUGUGUGUGUGUGUGUGUGUGUGUGUGUGUGUGUCUCCCUCAGCGCUGAGCUGUGUCCUUGUCCCUGCCUCCUGGCAGCGAGGAGCCACCCAGCAGCCGGUCUGUGAUUGGGCAGGGGAGUGGGGUUCCUGACACAACGCGGUGCUGACUGCUCCAGGACGUGUUUCAACAGAUGGUCGAGGUUAGAGAGUGUCAUCACAUCGGAGAGAGGAUUAGAGGAGAGAGGUUGUCUUCCAGGAGCUGUGUGGUCCCCCCUAGUCUUCAACCCCAAAACCUCGGCACCAAGACACAAACCCCUCUAUGAGCGAGGGGAGACCCGGCGAAGAAACGCAAGAAGGAAACUCAAGAGAGGAAUCCUAGCCUUGCCUCUCACUUGGCUGGCACUCUGCUCUCCUGCCUUUCAGUCGACCACGGCUGCGAGAGCUGCACGGGUGUGAGUGAGUGGCCUGGCUGGACCUCUUCUCCCUCCCUCCAUCUCUCCAUUAAUCCUCCCAUCUACCCACCCCGUCUCUCGCCGUCUCGGGCACCAUGCUGAUGCAGUGGCUGGCUUGGUUGGCCCUGCUGUCUCUGGACUGGGCUCCAGGCUGCUGGGCCUUCACCACCACCAGGGCUCAGGGCCUGAGGGGUCGCAUCCAGAGAGACCGCAGAAACAUCCGGCCCAACAUUAUCCUCAUCAUAACUGACGACCAGGAUGUUGAAUUGGGUUCUCUACAGGUUAUGAAUAAAACCCGUAAGCUCAUGGAAGAUGGAGGCACAACUUUCACCAACGCCUUCGUCUCCACGCCCAUGUGCUGCCCGUCACGGUCCUCCAUGUUGACGGGCAAGUACGUCCACAACCACAACACCUACACCAACAACGAGAACUGCUCGUCGCCUUCCUGGCAAGCUCAGCACGAGCCACGCUCGUUCGCCGUCUACCUCAACAACACCGGCUACAGGACAGGCUUCUUCGGCAAAUACCUCAAUGAGUACAAUGGCAGCUACAUCCCACCUGGGUGGCGCGAAUGGCUUGGAUUGAUCAAAAAUUCCCGCUUCUAUAAUUACACUGUCUGUCGGAAUGGUUACAAGGAGAAACAUGGUGCCGAAUAUGCCAAGGACUAUUUCACAGAUCUGAUCACCAACGACAGCACCAACUUUUUCCGCAUGUCCAAACGCAUGUACCCCCACCGCCCUGUGAUGAUGGUGAUCAGUCACGCUGCUCCUCAUGGCCCAGAAGACUCGGCUCCACAGUACGCGGAGCACUUCCCAAAUGCUUCGCAGCACAUCACUCCAAGCUACAACUAUGCCCCAAAUAUGGACAAACACUGGAUCAUGCAGUACACUGGCCCCAUGAGACCCAUCCACAUGGAGUUCACCAACUUCCUCCACCGGAAGCGGUUGCAGACACUCAUGUCUGUGGAUGACUCAGUGCAGAAGGUGUUUGACAUGCUGGAGGAAACCGGAGAGCUAGAUAACACGUACGUCAUCUAUACAGCAGACCACGGCUACCACAUUGGUCAGUUUGGUUUAGUCAAGGGCAAGUCGAUGCCGUAUGACUUUGACAUCCGUGUGCCGUUCUUCCUGAGAGGACCCAACAUAGAGCCAGGGGCAGUAAACCCUCAUCUGGUGCUGAACAUCGACCUUGCUCCCACGAUUCUCCACAUUGCCGGGCUGGACACCCCUCCAGACAUGGAUGGAAAGUCCAUCCUUAAGCUGCUGGAACAGGAUAGGACUGGCAACAGAUUCAAACCCAACCGGAAACCCAAAGUCUGGAGGGACACAUUCCUGGUGGAGCGAGGAAAGAUCCUGAGGAAGAAGGAAGACUCAGUGACCACUCAGCACACCAACAGCCUUCCCAAGUACAAGAAGGUCAAAGAGACUUGCCAGCAGGCCGAAUUCCAGACACCCUGCGAACAGCCUGGACAGAAAUGGCAUUGUGUGGAGGAGAUCACAGGGAAGUGGAGGAUACAGAAGUGCAAAGGUGGUUCGAAGGAAGGCUCCAGGAAGAGGGCCCGCAGCCUGAAGCCCCGAAGCAGUUACGACAACAGAGAGCGGGGCUGUGAAUGUGGGGACGCUCUCCUCAAACCCUCCAGAAUGGAACGCCGUUCCCACCGGCAGUUAGCCGCCUCAUCAGGCCAGCGUUAUCGGCCACGCUUUGUCCACACCCGGCAGACCCGGUCUCUGUCUGUGGAGUUUGAAGGUCAGAUAUACGACAUUGACCUUCAAGCAGACGAUCAGUCAGCUGUCCGCCGCCGCGUCAUCUCAAAACGUCACUUCAACCCAGAGGACCCCGAGUUUCAUAUGGGCUCAGAUGACGGUUCAGAGGAAAUGCUGGCGGAUGAUACCAACGCUGUGGGAUACCCCAACUCUAUGAAAGUUACCCACAAGUGUUACAUCUUGAUGAAUGACAGUGUCCAUUGUGAAAGAGAAAUCUACCAGUCCUCCAGAGCCUGGAAAGACCAUAAGAGCUAUGUGGACCAGGAGAUUGAAGCACUUCAAGACAAAAUCAAAAACCUCCGGGAAGUAAGAGGCCACCUAAAGAGGAGGCGACCAGAGGAGUGCGACUGUGGAAAGAAGAGCUAUUUUAGCAAAGGAGGCAGAAAAAGGGCAGAGAGAUUGAAGAGCAGGAAUGAUCAACUCCAUCCGUUUAAGGAGGCAGCGCAGGAAAUAGACGGGAAGGCCCAGUUGUACAACGAGAUCCGGAGAAGGAAGAAGGAAAGGAAGGAGAAGAAGCGGCAGAGGAAAGGAGACGACUGCAGCAUGCCCGGCCUCACUUGCUUCACGCAUAACAAUGACCACUGGCAGACUGCUCCUAUCUGGACAUUGGGCGGAUUCUGCGCGUGCACCAGCUCCAACAACAACACCUACUGGUGCCUGAGAACCAUCAACGAGACCCACAACACGCUGUUCUGCGAGUUCUCCACUGGCUUCCUGGAGUACUUUGACCUCAACAGUGACCCCUACCAGCUGACCAACGCGGUGUACACGGUGGAUCGGGACGUGCUGAACUCUCUCCAUGCCCAGCUGAUGGAGAUGAGGAGUUGUCAAGGUUACAAGCAGUGUAACCCUCGCCCAAAAGGCUUAGACACAGCACACAGCCAAUAUGGGACGGACGACAGGGUUAAGCUGCCCAACUUGACAGACGAGGAGGUGAACUGGCAGGGACUGGAGGAUCUGUAUAGCAUAAACGAAAGCCUUUAUGAAUUUAGGCCCGACUGCAGCCCCAGCCCGGACAACUGGGUCAACUUCCAGAAGGAUGUAGAUAAUAUGUUUGCACUGCGACACGUUUUUAACAAAUUCAACCGAACCCUUGACGACUCCACCCUGCCAGAGCUGGGCUCCGGGGCCGGGGGUGGAGGCCUCGAAGAGGGCAGCGGAGAAGAGCUGGCCUCAGCCAGCGACGUCUGGCCGGGCCUGGCCGCGGAGGCUCGCCUCGCCACCCCCGCCCCCAGCAAAACGCCAUCAGCACCACCCACACCCUGGCCCACGCCGGAGAGGAAAUCUGUCAACGACCUUCCCGAGAGGCUUAUAAACAGACUUGCGAUGUCGGCAUCACCGGUGACGUUAAUACCAUCAGGUCCGAGAGGAGACGGGAUCUUCCAGAGCGACACGUGGGCGCAGCAGCUGGAGGAGAUAGAAGGAGGGAUGUUUAGCGGGAACGGACUGACGGAGCUGGAGACUCGACACGACAACCUGCUGCGUACUCACAACAGCCUGCAGGCCCAGCUGGAGCCCGGCCCGGGACACGGAGAGGCAACCAGCCCUCACGGUCUCGGCCUGGACCUCGAAGAAGAGGAGGACAUUUUCCAGGCCCAAGGCUACCUCCCUUUCUCCCCACAGACGUUGAGGCCCAAGGUGCAGGCCAGCACCACCGGGAGCCCCCCCACCACACAGACUAGCACCUCACAGAGUGUCGGGUUGGUACUAAAAGCGCUGCCUCAGUCAGCGCUGCCCCUCACCUUGGACUACGAGGGCAGCGGCUCUCUGCCUCUACCCUCCAAUCAGACCCUCUGAGGCAGACGCAUGCACCAGCCAGUGCUGGUCGCCAUAGAGACACAGUGAUUGGGAGAUGAGCUUGCCCAAGAGCAACGGCGAUUGAUGCCACCUCAGUCAGUCAGAGUUGUAUAAUGAGUAUUAAAUUUAUUGUUUAUUUUUUUACAGGUGCCUACAUUUAUUAGUAAACAGUGUUAUGUUUUUUUUUUUUUCAAAUAUAUAUUUAGAAAAGAAAAAGCCUUAAUGCAGCUAAACUUAAGUGUUGGGAUUAAAAAUAAUGAAAUCCAUACGGAUAACACCAUUGAUGUUUUUAAUAUAUGUUUUUAUGAAAAACAAGUGUGAGUGGUGAAACCAUUUCAACAUCUGAAUGAAUAGUUAGCAUUAGUCAGCUUUAGGUACGCUCCAGUCUUUAACCAACCUAUUAAUCAGUCACAGGACGCUUCAUCACAACACUCACCACAUAGAUAAAAGGUUCAAUUUGACCCCAAAUGCACUUUUGAACUUUUCCACAUGAUGACCCUGGAUAUGAAAUGUAUGUCCAUUUGUAUAAUUAGAUUUUAUGAACUGAUUAUUUCUACUGACUACUCUUAAAAACUAAGACUGGCUUGUCACUUCUGAAAAAGUUACAGACUCAACAUAAAUACACAUCUGUUUAAAAAUAGUUAAAUGUGCUAAAUGGGAACAAUUUUAGCAUUUGUUUUACUUCCUUACCGUAUGGCAUUAAUAGUAUCAGAAAGUUUAGACAAUCAUGGGACCGUUAACUAAUAUACUGACAGCUUGAGCUCACCAUUUACUGAGUAGUUGCACGUUUUGUCACUAUUCACAGCAUUUUAAGUAAACUUAUCCUUACUAAUCACAAUCACCACCAGGGGGUUAGAACAAGUUCAUUGUGUAACUUUGUCUUUUGGAAAUGUCACCGAUUCCUCAUGUGGUGUAGAGCUUUUGAAAAUCCUGAGUAAUAGUGUUGCACAUGGCCAAUUCAUGUCGAAUGUCACCGUGUUAGUCCCUUAAAGCAGGUUAUGACAGCACACUCUGUUACAGCUUUAUCUUUGACAGUAUAGUCAGUAAAAUACUCUGCAAACAUUGCAUAAGGUAUUCCAGUGUUUAACCUUUCUGCCUGUAGUUCAUCGAUUGUACCUUUCUGGUUAGAAACUGGUGCUGAUGCUGUCCUUUUCUUUCUCGACAGUUGUGUGUACAAGUGUUUGAACAACUCUGGUUUCAGGAAAGCCAUGAAGCUGUUAUGAAAUAAACCCUUUCAACCUUC